AUGUUCGGCAAUAUGACGGUCACUGAGGCAGCUAGAUAUUACAAAAUACCGCGGACAACCAUACAAAAGCAUGUCAGCAAGGCCCGUGAACAGCAUUUACUGAAGGAGCAUUACAUCCGCCAGAUGGCAGCAGCACGAAGACACCAUGAGCAGCUUGGAGAACGAGAGUGCCGUUUGAUAGACUCACCUUUAUGUUAUAUCCCUAAUAACCAGGAUUCUUACCCCAGUGUGUCCCGCGCAAAUGGUUUUUCUGUACAUUGGAGGCAGCAACCAGUGAGCAUAGAUACGUCGUCGACAUCUUUUGACGAAGUGCAGUGUUCUCCUGAGGAUGAAAUGAUGAUAGCUGAGCAGUGUGAGGUUAGUUUAUUUGUUACUGCUGCUGACGUUUUUAUUCUUGUUGAUAUUCUUCCUUCGGGUUCGCCAUAA